AUGGAUAUGUUGGCAACACACACACCUGCCGGUGAAUGGAUCACGAAUGACAGGCAGAUAUUAGAUAGUUUUGGAAGACUGUACAACAAUCCGGAAAUCAGUGAUGUUACGCUUCAUGUGGAAGACACAACGUACUAUGCCCAUAAGGUGUUCCUUGCCAAUGCUAGUGACGUAUUCAAAGUUAUGCUUACCAGUAGAGACUGGCAAGAUUCCUCUAAGCCUGAUAUCUACCUUGAUGAGCCAUACGCCACGGCCACGGUAUUUGGAGAGUUUUUAAGGUACAUAUACACGGGACAAAUCUACAUCAACACAGAUGUGGCCGUGUCACUGCUCAUGCUGGCAGACAAAUACAACAUGGUUGAUCUCAAGAAAGCCUGUCAGUCUUUCAUGGAGCGAAACUUCGUUACCAUUGCUGCUGAGAACCACGUACUUUCCUGGUACCAAUACAGUAAGCGAUGUGGACACAAAGACCUAGAACGAAUCUGCUAUAUGUUUAUACAGAACAACAUGGAUAUUAUACUCGAGUCUCCAGACUGGCAUUCCAUGGAAAAAGAAACACUACUUAUGAUUCUGAGGAGCUCCGAUAUUAUUUUGACUGAUGAACAUAAGCUGUAUCUGGGCGUGGAGGACUGGCUGACACAACCAAUCAAUGAAAAUGAUUUACAACAAAAUUUGAAAGACACCCUGCAACAUGUUAGAUUUCCAAUGAUGACGCCCAAACAACUCAUCUCAAUAGAGAAACGUGAAUUUGUAAAAGAAAACUGGCAGCACUAUCAAGAGUGUAUGCUCAAUGCUUAUAGAUUUAAUUCUGUGCCACAGUGUUUACGACAGAAUGAGAAUUUUGAUGAAGUUGAAAUUUACACACACAGAAACUAUACUCAUGCCGAAUAUAAUAUUUGUGCCACAAUUAAAAUAACACAAUACUCUCAAAGAAAACCAUUUGAGUAUUCGUGUAGUUUUGAUGCAGCCAAGACUGGAUCAUAUGCAGAUAACUGUCACAAGUACAAGUGGGAGUUGCAAUUCUGGCCCAGAGGACUCCAGAAACCUGCUCUGACAGAGUUUGGAAAUGCGUACAUGAUUCAGACAGACGAAGUUACUUUAGCAAUUACUCCCCAAGGACGAAAUGAGAAUGCCUUCAAGAUAGUGGCAGCAGUUAUUGGAUAUGAAGAUGGACUGCAAUAUGUUAAACAUGUACAUCGUAUAACACACGAUUUUGGGACUAAGAUGAUGUUUAGAAUUAAACAUUUGAUAAAGUUGGGUGACUUGAUGUCAGAUAGUUCAAAAUAUCUUAAUGCAGACUGCCUGCAAGUUUACGUGAUAAUUAGACAGGUGUGA